ACUCUGGUUAACUAACUAUUUUUCGAAAAUUUUCAAAUGAACCAAUUGAAUUAAGAAAAAUCCUUUAAUUCAGAUAUACUACUUGUUUUUCAAAUGGUGAAAAAGAAGCUUAAUUUCGAAAAAUAUAUCCCUAUAUACAGUUAGAACAAUGAAAAAUUAGGGAAAAUUUUUUAUAGUUGAUGACUGGUCAAGCAGUGGAAAAUAGAUGUCGUCAUUGCUUAGCGAUAUUCACUUUUGGACCUUACAAGAAGAUGUUAUUACAACAAAUUCGUACUAUGGAUCUUUCAAAUAUCAUCCAAAAAAAGAACACACAGAGGUAUCUAGCAAAAAAAUUUAUUGCAACCGACGAGAAAUACUGUGGAGUCCAGUCAAUAAAAGGCAAAAUAGAUUAAAAGAUAGACUAAAAGAAUUAGAAGACAGCUUAGUACAGAACAAAAUUAUAUGUUAUUUAUGGAAAGAUAAUACUUUACAGUUGCUACUGUCUACUGGCCUCAUAGUAUUCAUAACGAUAAAGGAAUCUACUGGUGACAUACUUAACAUCACUUUUGAUAAACAGUUAUCAGCUAAGCUACAAGUGAAUAUAAUUUGUGAUGGUUUGAUUUUGGGGCAACAAGUAAUUUGUAUAUGCAAUGAUGGACAUGUUUUGGGAUAUGGGGGUUCUUGGAGGGAAGGGUGGCUUUUAGAAGGUGGACCUAGGCGAAGGAUUCACUCCCAUUCUAAUUGGCUAGUGGUUUGGGGUAGACCAGGAUCGGAACACCCACAACCUUGGAGUCCUUUGACAAAAGAUCAUCAGAGAGCUAAUCUACAUCUUUACUGGUUAGGAUUAAGAAGUCCUGAGCUGUUAGCUUAUAAGAAUACUGAUGGAGAACCUUUUAUAAUCAGAGUUAGCAAAGUUUUUGAACAUGUUCUCAUUUCAGUGGAACAGAAAGUUACCCAAAGAGGUACGGUAUCAGUUGAAGUGAGCACAAUAGAAUUAUCCAACAAUACAUUAAAGACAGUAGCCAUAACUGCAGUACCACUUCAAACACAUGUCAGUUGUUGUGAACUGAGUCCAAAUGAAGAAUUUCUCUUGAUAUGCUGUAUAGAUAGUACUAUUGCAAUUCUAGACAGAAAUAGUGGUUCAACCAAGACUGUAAAAGCAUCCUUCAUCCCAAAAAUCUGCACCUGGCAGAUGAAUGGAGCCUUAAUGGCCAUUUGUAAUGAAAAUGGGCAGCUCCAAUAUUACGAUGUUGCUUUGAACAAUGUCAAAAGUCAAAUAUUGGGCGAGGAUGAGGCUCCUUCUCAUAUAAUAGAUUUGACUGGAUAUUUUCAAUCUCAAGUAUCCGUUGUUUCUCUAAACUGGGAGAAUAGCAAUCUUAUAAUAGCCCUAGAACAAGGACCCAUUGUUUGUGUUACCCAUAUGACCAAAUCAUUGACUUUUGUUUCAUUAGCGGUUAGGUAUGUUAACAUAAAAGAAAUAAAAAAAGCAAUAGCACUUUUACUGAAUUGGAAAUUCGGGGACGAGUCAUUUUUUGUUCUUCAAAAAAUAGCAUCAUACUUGCUCAAAAAACCUCUAUCUGAAGAAAUAGCAUUGCAGCUGCAAGAUGCCUUGGGAAGUUUUCAUGCUGCUACAAUUCCCUUAGACGAGGAUAUAAGAAAUCAAUUUAAAAAACAGGUAUUUUCGUUAACUAGAAGAUUUUUCCAUCACCUAGUUAGAGCUAGAAUGUAUGAAACAGCCUUUCUUCUGGCUGUGGAUAUGAUGCAACAUGAUUUAUUUAUGGAUCUUCAUUACAUUGCUUUAAAAAUCGGUGAAACAGAGAUGGCAGCUGCUGCCAGGGCUCAAGCGUCUACUUUAGUUAGCAGAUGUUCCAGUGAAGCUUCAAAUUGUUCGCGCUCUUCCUGUUCUGAGUGUUCAUCUCCUUGCACCAACACAAAAGAUAAAUCUUUCAAUAGCGAACUUCCCAACACAUGUACCAGCAGAGCUUCAGAUAUACUGAGUGAUAAUCUGUUGAGUACAAAUUUCAAUCAACCAGAGUCUAAGAAUUUUACAUCACCAAGUAGCAUUCAUGAGCCCCCAAAGAUAAUAACUUCCUUAGGAAACUAUGUGAAACCGCCCAUAGUCCCGCUGAAUUUCAAAAAACCAAUAUUACCAUAUGUACCGCCAUUACCUUCAGGCAGUACAGUUCCAAAAGUGAUGAAUAAUACUUCGAAUAUGACCAAUAUGGAGUUGCAAAUGGGACAAAACAACCUAUGGAAAAAUUCACAUUUUCUGUGGAAUGAAAAACUCAAUUUUCCCAACAAUGGAUUCAGGGUCCCUACAGGAUCGAAUAGUUUAGGUACUCCACUUUUGGAUUUGAAGGAAAAUAGUAAAUCAUCUCUGAAAGAAACAACGUCGCAUUUAAACGAGCCUAAUCCAGAUAACUCGAGAUUCAGGGAGAUCGUUCAGCCGCCCUUGUAUCGAAAACCUUCAUUCAAGACCAAUGAUACAGAUAGUUUCGUGAAUCCACCACAGUUAUCUCACUUGAUAAAUGGUACCAGGACAAAUACUCAAACAAUUAAUCCAGAAAAGAAUUUAACAUCUAGACACAUAACAACAAACCCACAAAUGAUUGAAUUUAACAAAUGUAGUGUGGUGGAGCGUAAGAGUUCUUUUGUGCCAACAAAACCCAUAAUAACGCCACCAUUACCCAUCAUGAAUACCUCCCAUAAAUUUCCACCUCAAAGUUCCAUGUACGAUGAAGCGAUGCAAUCGAAAGGAUACCCUUUAUAUUCUCCCGCCGUGCCAUCAACCGCAUCUAGGAAGCCUCAUCCGAAAGUUAAAUUUUCGAAUACGGUAACUGCUUUCAUCGUUCCCGAGGUCAAAAGACACGUGAGGCCGGCUCCUCCUUCGCAUAUAACAGAUCCACAAAAGGAACUGGCCGAUAGUUUACCUCUUUGUCAUCCCAAUGAAGAUUAUUUGAAAGAUUUCGCACCUGUGAAAUCGAACGAGGAGAGUGAGAAGAAUGGAAAACCUCCGAAAAUAAAGGUUGUACAUUUUGGAGUUGUUUGAUGGCAAUAUUUUCGAGGAAGAAUAUUAAUAUUUGUUUUUGACCCAGAAAUGUUUACAAAGAACUGCCGACAGUGCCUACAAUUAUUAUUUAUCUUCCAUAGCAUAAGUAAACAUGAACAAUUAAUCUUGGGUAGUCGACCUACUCUUGAAUUACUGAGCGAUGGGGAAAAAAGUGAAUUUUUUUAUUAUUUCAAAUCGUUGCUUAGCUCAAAUUUUGACAAAAAUGAAUAUACACUCACUGGCAAAAAACUCUGAAACCUAAAAUUUUGCUGUUCGUUGUCCAAGAACUUUCGUUAUUUUUUUAUCGAUUUCAGUUUCUACGAGAAAUGAAUUGUAGAGAAAUUUUUGAUGGCUUAUUUACACAGGGUGAAGAAAAAAAUGUAUUGUAAUGAAGUUUCAUUUUAUUUUUGCAAAAAUGCACCCUCAUUUUAGAAGAAUUUUUUCGUUUUGAUUUGUAAUUGGAAUAUUUUCAGUUUCCAAUUC